AUGGCAACAUUUCGAUUGUCGGUUUACGGAUCAAAACUUUACGAAUCACUAAAUUUAAAAGAAAAGAUAAAUUUUGUAAAUGAACUUUGCAAUGAAUUGGCAACAGCCUUACCUGUUGCAUCAUCACGAUUAGUUCCCAAAUAUCGAUAUCAACGUGAUCCAACAACAAAACGACUACAAGUUAUUUUAUUAUUAGAAGUAAUUUCAACAACGAAUACUUCGGACAUGAAUGUAGUUAAUAUUAUUAAAGAUUUGAAUUCCCUAAUUAUCCAUCGAGAUAUGGGACCAUUGAUAUUCAUGGAAUAUACUAGUUUAUUAGACGAUAAUUAUGGGCUUAUUAAAGUUGAAAACUUUUGGAUCAAAUAUUCGUUCAUCAUCAUUUUAUUCAUCGCGGGAAUUUUAUUAGUCGUCUUACUAUGUUUUAUCGAACAACGUAAAAAUCCAAAGGCUGAAACAGCAGUCGCGUUUAAAUUCUUUAUCGGACUUGUGAAUUAUGUCUUAUUCAUCAUGUUCACGAUAAAAUAUUCAAAGGCUGCAAAAGGACUUUACACAGCAAGCGUAACAAUUAUUUUAAUAUCUACCACAUUCAACGAAACGGUAGCGAUAUUUUUAAUUAGUUAUUACUGCAGACCAUGGUUGAAGAAGCAUUAUUUGAUCACGACCUUAUUUACGUUAUUAUCAGUGGUUGACAUUUAUUCAUUGAUGAUAUUAUCCUCAAAGAUUGGAAAUCAUCCGAAUUUAAGUGCAAAGUUUUCUAAAUGUAUGCACAAAUGGAUAUUUUGGGUUGGAUUACUUGCUUUUGUUAAAAAAGAAAUUCCUCAAUUUGUCAUCAUGCUAAUUUAUUAUCAAAAGUCAUUAAACCUUUACCUAGUUCCGUAUCUUUCCCUAUUAAUAUUAUUUAUCAUAAUCGUAUUUAAUGCAGUUUGGAGGUUGAAUCAAUUAUUUAACUUCCUAUUACACCCACGAAGUUCAAGUAGAGGAUCACAGGCUGAAUUCUUUCAUAACAAUGACAAUGAAAAUACCGGAUACGAAACCGAUAAAGAAGAUAAUGCUCAAGAUAUAAAAUAA